AGAGCGAUGUCCUCCCAAAACCAAGAGCUUCGUGACUUGAUCGACAAGUGGCUGCGAUGGGAUCAGAACCCGGAGACGAGCGCAGCCAUCCGGAAGCUACUUGCGGAUGGCGAGUUCGACCGCCUCAGAAAACUCAUGCUGAAGAGGAUGACAUUCGGAACCGCCGGACUCCGAGGCGUCAUGGCCGAGGGAUUUGCGUGUAUGAAUGAUCUUGUCAUCAUUCAAACUUCGCAAGGUCUCGCGAAGUAUCUCGUGGAGAACAUCGCGGACGCAAGAAAGAUGGGGGUGGUAAUCAGUUUCGAUGGACGCCACAACUCGCCUCGAUUUGCGCGUUUGACUGCUCGAGCUUUCCUACAGUUGGGCGUGAAAGUCUUCUUGUUCAACCGGGUCACGCCCACGCCUUACGUGCCUUUCUCGAUCCUGCAUUUCGGGGCCGCUUGCGGAGUCAUGGUCACGGCCUCGCACAAUCCCAAAGAGGACAAUGGUUACAAGGUGUUCUGGAGCAAUGGGGCCCAGAUCAUUUCGCCUCAUGAUAAAGGCAUCCAAACGAGUAUCGAGAAAAAUUUGGAGCCGUGGAGUCAAGCUUGGGACGUCGACGAUCUGCGAAACAAUGCUCUUCUGAACGAUCCGACAGAAGAGAUCAACAGCAACUACAUGCAAAUCAUCGAGAACAACAUCUUCGACCGCGACUUGAUCAAGCGCUGCCGCACCGCUUUCUGUUUCACUGCAAUGCACGGCGUCGGCCAUCGAUAUGUAGCGGAAGCUUUCAAACGCUGUGGCAUCGCCCGAUCGUACCCCGUGCUGGAACAGAUGGAGCCGGAUCCUGAGUUUCCGACCGUCAAGUUCCCCAACCCAGAAGAAGGCGCAAGUGCACUGGAGCUGGCCAUCAGAACGGCAAAUAAGAAUAAUUGCAGAAUCAUCCUCGCAAAUGAUCCCGACGCCGACCGUCUCGCGGUGGCCGAGCUGAUAGAUCAGUCCCACGAGUUCAGAACUUUCAGUGGUGAUAACCUGGGAGCUCUGAUAGGUUGGUGGCUCUGGACGAGGCAUAGACUCAGCAACCCAAAGUCGGAUCCAUCGGAUUUCGUGAUGAUAGCCAGCACAGUGUCUUCGAAAAUUCUCCGAUCAAUGGCCAAGAAAGAAGGCUUCAAUUUUGAGGAAACCUUGACCGGCUUCAAGUGGAUGGCAAACAGGGGAAUAGAGUUGGAGAAACAGGGCAAAAAAGUUCUUUUCGCAUUCGAGGAAGCUAUCGGUUACAUGUGUGGCACAGCAGUCUGGGACAAGGAUGGUGUUUCGGCAGCGCUGCAGGUGGCCAACAUGGUCGCUUACCUUGAUGAGCAAAAUGUCACGCUGAAUGAGCAGCUCAACCGCAUCUUCGACGAGUAUGGAUUCCACACCACGUACAAUUCCUAUUACAUCAGCCACGAUCCCGUCGCGACUGGCAAGAUGUUCGACAGAAUACGGAACAUUGACGGUCCGAAUACUUACCCGAAGAAGAUUGGACGUUUUGCUGUUAGCGGCGUCCGAGAUUUGACUGUCGGUUUCGAUAGUACGCAGCCCGGCAACAAGCCCAUCCUUCCAGUGAGUUCAUCCAGCCAGAUGAUCACGUUCUACAUGGAGAACGGGGCCACGAUAACAAUCCGAACUUCGGGGACAGAACCCAAGGUGAAAUGGUACUCGGAGCUGAUCACGAAACCAGGUGUCCCCAGAUCUGAAUGGGAAUCAGCAACAAAGGAGCUGCGCGAGUUGAUUGAUUCCAUGGUGGAAGAAUUGUACCGGCCGUCGAUUUACGGCUUUCAGGCUCGAUCCACCUAAGGACCAAGUGGACCACAUCGAACCGCACGCUGUAAUCGCUCUUCUAGAUCCGAAAAUUGUCAGCAGGAAGGAGCUCGCUGACGAUGGAAUCGGAAGUUGGAGAUAUCCAGAUGAUGUACCAUGUGAUUGAUUGACUUCCACGGGUUUAGUGGCUCGUCGACAGAAUAAAUGCCGCAUCUCGAAACU